GGGAGAUGCAAAUAAAGCAGCAAGCUGAGCUCAGAUAUGGAAGCUUGUUCCAGCAGCACAAACCGAAAACGAAGUGGUAUGCAUGGAGCUGCCUGAGAAUUGCAAGUAGAUGUCAGUAACACCAUGAACCCAGCCAGUGGCGCUGCUGAAAACCGACAGCACUCUCACAGUAGAAAGCAGCAACGAGCCUCUUCUCCGGCUAGAUUCCGGGACAUUAACUCGAGGCCCUCCAUCAAGACUUCGCUGGCUGGCAAAGCCAAUGCGUUGAAACAGGGUUACCACCCCGGCCGGAUUCCCAGCCAGGCAGCUGCAAACGCUAAGGAAAAGCCGAGCAGACCAGCGGCAACUGUCCGCCCCCUUGGUGCUGAAAGGGAGGUCGCGGCGGCCCGUGACGGUGGCGGAGAAGAGGGAGAACAAAACUCUGAGCCAAACCCUGCAAAAAGCGGCCGUGCACCGGGCAUCGCCGAGCUACCGGUGGUAGCGCUGCAGCGGCAGCAGCCGGCGGGUGGGGGCGGGGAGCCGGGUGUAGACGGCGAGCGGCCGGGACGCGCCGACGCGGGAGCGGCGCCGCCCAGCGUGGGCAAGGCGCUGCCUGCUGGUGCCGCCAUGCACACCAAAGGUGCAGCCGAGCUGGAGGAGAGGGCGGCGGGAGACUCCAACAUGGAGGCGAUGACGGAGCAAGAAGAAAGCCUGCAGAAUGAGAUCGAGAAACUGCGCUCGGAAAACCUGGGCCUGAAGAACGAGAUCGAGGAGAUGCGAACAGAAAUGGACGAAAUGAGGGACAGUUUUUAUGAGGAGGAUGCCUGCCAGCUGCAGGACCUCCGGCGAGAGCUGGAGCGAGCCAACAAGAACUGCCGGAUCCUGCAAUACCGCCUGCGCAAGACCGAGAGGAAAAGGAUGAGGUUCGCCCAGACCGGCGAGAUGGACAACGAGCUCCUGAGAAGUCUGGAACAAGACCUUAAGGUUGCCAAAGACGUGUCUGUCCGACUGCACCACGAAUUGGAAAACGUUGAGGAAAAACGCACCAAAACAGAGGAAGAAAAUGAAGCCUUGCGUCAGCAGUUAAUAGAGGCUGAAAUUACCAAGCAAGCAUUACAGAAUGAAUUGGACAAAAUAAAAGAGUCUUCAUUAAAGCGACGCGGAAGUAAAGAUCUGCAAAAAUCUGAAAAGAAGUCCCAACAAACUCAAGAGGAGGACAAUGAUGAUAAUAAAUGCCAACUACAGUUCAUCAAGACAGCAAUUUUAAUGCGUAAGAAAAGCAAAAUUGAUAAAGAGAAAGACAGGCUGGAGCGGAAUUGCAAAAAGUACAGGUCAUUUUAUGGGGAUCUGGAUAGCCCUUUGCCAAAAGGUGAAGCAGGAGGGCCUCCUACAACCAGAGAAGCUGAACUCAAACUACGUCUACGAUUGGUAGAAGAAGAAGCUAAUAUCCUGGGGAGAAAAAUUGUUGAACUUGAGGUUGAAAAUAGAGGGUUAAAGGGCCUGAGUUGGAUGAUGUAAGGUCCCACUAUGAAAAGGAGGAUGAAGCUGUGUCCUGAACUAAGGCAGAACUUGCAAACUGGUUGAGAUGAAGCUGAGUUACUGAGACGAAAUCUGGCUGACUUAGAAGACCAAAAUAAACGACUUUCAGCUGAAGUUAAUAAAUACAAGUAUAAAAACAGGACUGCACAAGAUGCUUCCAGGAAUAAUGAGAAUUCCAAAGUUACAGAAGUGCUACAAGAAGAACUAAAGGCAGCUAGGAUGCAAAUCAAUGAACUCAGUGGCAAAGUCAUGCAGCUACAAUACGAAAAUCGUGUACUGAUGUCCAAUAUGCAACGCUAUGACCUGGCGUCCCAUUUGGGUAUCCGUGGAAGCCCCAGAGACAGUGAUGCAGAAAGUGAUGCAGGGAAAAAAGAAAGUGAUGAUGAUACUCGGCCUCCUCACCGUAAAAGAGAAGGACCCAUUGGUGGAGAAAGUGACUCGGAAGAAGUUCGCAACAUCAGGUGUUUACAGACUCCACCCAAGGUUCUUAUUUUCUACAGAUGGCAGAUUGCCUUCAAAAAAAUCUCAAGGACCGACAACAGAUGUCAGACAUACGGGCUGGAGGCAGAGCGACCUGAGCAGAACUAUAGACGAUUGAUCACAGACACAAGCACAAUAAUACCGAAGCAAGAAUUUACGUUGGCAAAUGGUGAUCUGUUUGGCAGAAUUGAGGAAGAAGAUGAAAGCAGCAGGAUCAGAGAACACGAACUUCUCUACAGAAUCAAUGCUCAGAUGAAAGCGUUUAGGAAGGAGCUGCAGACUUUCAUAGACAGACUAGAGGUACCAAAAACAACAGAUGAAAAAAAUACAGAGGAACCUUUGUCUGUUAGUCAGAUGUUUCAACCUAUUAUUUUACUUAUUCUCAUCCUUGUAUUAUUUUCAUCAUUGUCCUACGCUACCAUAUUUAAAUUGGUUUUUCUUUUCACACUUUUCUUUGUUCUGUAGAAUCCCCAUCUACUUCAGUAUGCUACCUUUUUAGUUUGUUCAUUUAUUUUAAUACCUCAUCAAGAAAUUGGCAAAUACAAAAUAACACACUUAGCGAUCAAGACAUUACAGAAUCAAAUAUGCAAACUGUUUAAAACUGGAGACUACCAAUUUUCAACGUGGAUUUUUACACAAAGCCAUUAGAUGAAAAAGCGUCCAAGUUAAUGAAUGGUGACUGGUGCAUUGGUUGCUUUUGAGCAGGCAGCACACUGGUCAACACUCACUGAAGACCCAGAAAGCAGGAGGAGAGGAGCAGCUUGGAGAGAGCCUAACUUAUAUGAAUUAAGUUCUCCUGUAGUGCAGAUUUUCCUUUUGAGGAAUGUGUUACAGACAGACCUGGACUGCAUCUUUUGUAAUUGUCUGCAACUUUGGGAUCUUCAUUUGAAAGCAGAACUCCUGAAUUUGCAGCCAGUUGUUCUUCAUCAAGGGACUUUGCUUCCACAUAGACUCCACCAGCAAAGAAAUGUGAAGAUGUGCCAGAUCUUCAACACUUAUUAUGGAGAAUCUGCUCAAAUAACUGCAAGGU